AUGCCUACAAGAAAGAAAACAUUGACGUUCUUAGCGGGCACUUUCACAAGCCUUGCGUCUGCCAUCCUCAUUUGCUCUAUUCUUGGGACAAAAGCCUGGGUCACCAGCACAAUUACCAUCAAUGACAGCAUUUCAAAUGGAAGGGUGGUCAUCGCCUAUGGACUCUUCCGUGGCAGGAGUAUUCAAGAAUUGGAUGGUGGACUUGCAGAACCAGAUAAAGAUUUUGAAGUUUUAGGAACAUUGAAAGAUUCCUCACAAAAGACUCUGCUUUUGGUGAUCAUCGCGUUCCUGGUCUUGAGUUUGCUCACCUCAAUUCUGAGUUUUGCGUUUACCUGCUACAACACCUUCAGCAACCCCUACCAGACGUUCUUGGGGCCAACAGGAGUGUAUACCUGGAAUGGGCUGAGUGCCGUCUUUAUCCUCCUGACCAUGAUACUGUUUGUGGUGAACACACAGCCCAAUCAUCUCUCAGAGGAGCUAUGUCAGACGCUCUACACAGUAGUCAAUCAGAAGGGAGCAACCCAUAACUACGGACACUCGUUUUGGCUCAUGCUGCUCGUCAUUCUUCUAGACAUAGUCACCGUGGUCAUCAUCAUUUUCUACCAGAAGUCCAGAUACCAGCAGAAGCAGGAGGAGAAGAAGCCAAUGGAAUACGCCCCAAGGGAUGGGAUUUUAUUCUGA